CCUCUGGAGUGCUGCCACCCCAAUUUGGGUGAAACUCAUCUUCCUGACCUCCCCAUCCCUUUCAUCGCAGUGUUUUUGCUGGAGGUGUCGUGGAUGCCUCUGCCUGGGAUUUUGGGUCCUUUGGGAUAGGUGCCUGCCUACCUGGAAAUAGUGAAUGCUGUCGAGGUGGUUGUGAUUUAUCAUGUCCUGAUUGCUGUACAGUGAGCAGAGAGCAUUGCUCAGACUGGAAAGGUAUAAAAGGGAGAUCCAGAGCCACGUAAGGGGAAACAGAUGAGGUGUGUCUUCAGGCAAGAUCCCUGCUCCUUAAGCCAAGCAGUCUGUGCUUGCUGGGGUUUGUUUCCACCCCUGUUGGGAUGGUGCAUCUUGUAAUAAGAAUCUGAUCACAGGCGACCGAUGCACGAAGGAGCAGCUGUUGCAUGCACUCAUGCACAAUAUUUCAGUGCCAGAAGUGAUUCGUUUACUCUGUGCAAUAUAUAUGGAAAUGUGCUGCAGGAGGAUGGCUGGAAAUAUCCAAUUUUAUUCAUAGAGCUCCAACAAAGCUGAUCUUUGGUUUGUGGAUUGUAUGUGCUUUUCCUUUUAUGCUAUGUCAAAUAAACAGGGGCAUCUGACUUAGUUCUGGUAGAAUUGCUUGGCUGUAUUUAAUCUGUCUCGAUGUGCUGCUUUUAGACUGACAUAUCUGAAUGCAACAGCCUCAGCACUGAAGGCAUCGACUAAAUGAGGGCUGCCACAGGGAGCUGUAUGGAGAGCAAAUGAAAUCCUGCUGCAGGAGUAUUGGGAAUGAGCAAAUGGGUGUAGAAUAAUGGGAAUGGUGGGGGAGGACAGUCCAUCCCCAAGGUCUUCAAGCAAACCGAGCUGGAAGGGAUGCUCUGUGCUCCUCCAUGGGUGGGGGAAGAGGCUGGGAGAGCUGUGCCACUGGUCCAGUGGUAAAAUGGUGGGGCAGGAAUAUGAAGGUCUGGAAAACUGUGUGUUGCUUUAUUCAGUUUAUCUGUUAUUGCUAAUUACUCAUAGGUAAUGAGUUUAACCUGUUUAAUUGAUAACGUGCUACUAAAUCUUCAUGAGGAUGUUAUAUAAGGAAGCGUUGAAAUCUUUGGGUGGGAUCUGAUGGUUAGAAACCAUCCCAGCAGUGGCAGUGAUCCCAAAGUUGUCCUAAGUACUGGAUGUGAUGUGAGAGAGGGGAGCUGCUGGCAGAUGUCUUUCAAGCAGGGGCCACCAUCUGUGCUCUGCUUCUUUUCCCCAAAAGCUCUGCAGAUGGGAGAGAUGUCCAAGACCAAAUGCAAUGCACUGAUAGGACGACAGAAGGGCACUGAAGCUGAGCGUGACGCAGAGGAGCUCGAUGUGCAAAACAGAAACACUGAAGUAACCUUUGAAACAAAGGACUUCAAAGUGACAGCAGGCUGCCUUGCUGCCAGCAGUGAGUCGAGUGGAACAUCUAGUGAUGGACAGGAUGAAGAUGACCAGGAUGAAACGUGCUUUGCUGUUUCUAUGUCUCCCAAAGGAAUCAGGACCAGCAGGAAAAGGCCAAAGAUAAAGAGCAAGUUGUCACCGGCGCAGAAGAAAAUGAGACUGGUGGAAGAGGAGCCAUUGCUACCAAUAGAGGCUGCAGAAGCAGCAGCUCAGGGAAAGGAGAGCAGAGCAGAAGCAGCACGGGAAGUGAUGGAGCAAUGUGAAUUGUCUGAUGUUGUUGUGCUGGUGAUCGUCAUCCUGGUUGCAUUCAUGGUCUUCAUGCACCUCUCUCUGGCUGUGGUGGUAACGAUCUGCUUCUGAGCUUCAGCCUGGGGAGAAAGAGAAGCAGCACCCAUGUCAGCAGUGAGGGCAGAACUGAAGAGUGCAUUUUCUUUCUUCUUUUUUCCUCCCUGCGAUGUGCAAUGAGUCUGGUGGUCAAUUAAAGGGCUGGGAGAAGCA